AAGGUGCGGUCAGUUCAAAACUGUCGGAAAGUCGUCUGGCGGCUACUUUCUAUAUCUGGUUUUUCAUCACAGUUACUUGUGACCUACUAACUUCCAGGAAACAGUUUAAGUUAUCUCUACAGGGUACUCAACAAGUUUCCGAUUCCUAGUGGGGUUUUUGUGCUACUCCCAACCUUUCCAGAAAUAUGGAAAGGCUUCAUAAGGAUCUAGUCACUUUGAUAUAAUUCUUUAGCAGCCAGCAAAUGUCUGGGUUACCGAACCUCACACCAAUAAGAGUGGAGAAGGUCGCACCUCAAAUAACAGAAGUUUCUGAAGCUCAGAACAUAACGGUUGUGUCACGUUUAUCUCCCCAUAAAGGGAUUCAGUACACUCGCCCAACUCAUAACUUUAUUACUACCCCUCCUCGAGAUUCGGUUGUUUCUACUGGCUCUGUUGUUGUGAUUCGACCAAUUGGCAAUGCUUCUACUCCAAUAAAUGUAACUACUGCAGCUUCUUCAACAGGUCUAAAAAUCACUCCUAUUGUUCCCUUAAAAAUAUCCUCGAUUCAAUCCACAUCAAAUGUAUCUCGUUCAAAUUCCAUACCAACUCAACUACGAAAUACUGCGGUGUCAUCCUCUGCAAGGGCGAGCAACCUCAUUACUCAUUCUGUUCGUCCUCAAAAUGUUCAGUCAGGAAGUACUGCACUUAAUGAUGUCUCUGAGAAACUCAAAACCAUUGAUGAGAAACAAACGUCUCAACGUAAUGUUAUCAGAGAGAUGCAGGUUAGAGUUCCAAACAAGAAGGACAAAAGAUUUAGUGUAUUGCGUUUCCAUGCAGCUGACAGGCUUGAUUUAUCAUCAGCCCCUGAAGUUUUUAUGCAACGUGAAAAUAAUCUUAAGGCUUAUCGGAGUUUAUACAAUACAACCGAAAUGCCAGACACUGGUGCUGGUAGUGAAUUCGGCCGCGAAGCUAAAGAAGAGGCAAGAUUAAAAAAAUUUGGUGUUGUACGAGAAAGUUAUAAGCCAGAUGAUCAACCUUGGCUAAUGACGGUUGGAAAAGGCAAGGCUAAUCGCCGUCGUUUUAGAGGAGUUCGAGAAGGUAGUGUGUCAGAGAAUGUCGAAUAUUUUGUAUUUUGCCAGUGCAAAGAUGGUAAUUUCGAUGCUUAUCCGGUAAAUGCUUGGUACAAGAUGAAACCGGAAAUAAGUUAUCGUUUUCUUCGAGAAGAUGAAGCUGAAGCAGAAUAUAGCCGCCUACACAAAACCCUCAACUUAUUUAACGUUAUGGUUAAACGGAAACUCACCGAUAACGUUAGCGACGAUGAAACAAACAUGGAUCGAGAAAUUUCGAAGGGAUUAAAGUUUCUAACUUCCCUCGGAGACUCCAAUUCAAAUCAGCGAAAUUCAACAGAAGUAAAAACUAAGGAUCUGAAGCCUGAAAACACUUUAAAGCUUACUGAUUUGGAAGAAUUGGACAGUGGUAGUGAGGCUGAUGAUGACGAUGAUGAAGAUGAUCUGGGUGAUGAUAAUCGCUUGAAAAAUCCGAACGCCGAUCCACUCAAAGCAGAAGAAGGCCCAAGUUCUAGUAAAGGGAAAGGUCUCUUGUUUGAAGAUCCUGAUGAUCGUAAUAAAGGUGGAUCUAAAGGUGGUUUACUAAAGACGUCCGAACGCACUCGCCUUGCUAAAAAGAAGCAGCGUGCAGCUGCUAUUGUUACAAAAAUGAGACGUGGUGUUAAAAGGCGUAAACGAAAAGCUAUUAAUGUGGGCUCCUCCGAUGAAGAAGAUGAUCCAGACGAAGAAGCACAAGAUGAGAGUGAAUUAGACGAUCACGAAGGAGAUGAGGUAGAUUACAUGACUAAUUCAUCAUCAGAUGAAGAGAAAUUAUCUAGUGAAGAACGCGAGAAAAUAUAUGAAGAAACUGGGGUUGAUGAGGAAGUCGCCCUGAAAACUCUGCUUACUGACAUCAGUAGUGAAGAAGAGGAAAAGUCUGAAGAUGACAUGCAAGACGUAGAGGAAAAUCCACCUGUUGAUGAUGAGGAUAAUAUCUUUUCUAAGAGACGUAGUGAAAUAGAUGAUAUGACAAAACCUCAAAGAAAUGAUUUCCAAAAGGGUACAAAACAUUCAAUAUCCAUCCAUAAAUCAGAUGAUAGAUUAGAGGCCACUGCAAAAUCUCAUCGUAGUCAUAAAAAACAUCAAGACAACGACAAUGACAGUGGAUCAUCAUCAAGUUCGAGUUCUUCAUCGGCUGAUGAUUCUUCUACAUAUUCUUCAUCUGAUUCCGACCUUGACAACCGGCUUAAAUCAAUACAGAAAAAUGCGAAAAAAGCUGAAGUGUUGCAAAAACUCUCAGAAACCAUUCAUGCACCUUCACUUUCAUCUGGAAUUAAUAGUGGUAGCAGUCCAAUUGACAAUCAACCAGUAAGCUGUGGCAAUAAUUCAAAUUUAAAACGUUUACCUACUGAUUUAUCUGCAUCUGUUAAUUCAGACACCUCAGCAGAUUCACCCGCUGCAAAAAAAUUGCGAAAUGACACACCAUCUGGUACAUCAACAAUUUCAACUGACAAUGAAUUAGUAAAUACUGUACGUAAAUACUUAAUGAGAAAGCCUAUAACAGUUCGAGAAUUAUUAAAGAAAAUUCGUCUACGUAAAUUGGUUGGUAAAAAUGAAGAUGCACAAACAGUAUUGGCUAAUGUAUUACGUCAGCUGAGACCUAUCAAACAGACAAUUAAUGGACAACACGCUUUAUCUUUAAAACAUUAAUUGUCUGAAAUAAAAGUUAUAUUUUUAAAAAAAUUGCAUGUAUAGACAUUGCUUCUUCUUUUCCUGGUUAUAUUUAUAUAUUUUUUAAUAAUGAAAAGAAAUAUAUGUAUAUUUGUACACAAGAAAUGUACAUGUAUUUUUAAUAAUUUAUUUGAACAUAUUCAUUGUGUAUUCUUUAACAAAACAUUUUUUGGAAUAGUCGUCUUUCUCUACAAAUUACUUAUAGUUUGUGUUUGAAGUUUGCCUGGCUAUAAUGUGUGUUUGACUGCACUUUUAGUAUGAAGUCAUACGUUUGUCUUAACUGGUGCGAAUAUAUUUCGAGUUGAGUGGGUAAUUUCUUUUAAUAGUCACUUAAAGUACAAUACUCUUUCCGUAGGUUACUAGCGUUUUAUCAUAGAUGCCCUGGGAUCAUUGCCCGCUUGUGGUGAGACAACCGAGUAUGCAAUGUUGAGGUUGGACACAUGGUUCUAGGUAAGAAUGACGAGUCGGUUUACGAGGUAGUUAUUUGUUAUUGAUUGAGUAGAUAGGAGAAUGUGUUAGGGUACGGCCAAACGAAAACAUGGCAUUGACAGUUGAACUGAGCUGUGUAGGUAGGUGCAGUCUAUUUUGCUAGAAUCGGCGCAUUAUCCUAGAUCAGCGGUUAGAGACGCUGGAUUAUAUGUCUCGGGACCAUUCAUUCUUUUUCUUUCACUAGGUCUUGGGUUUUACUAUUAUACACUUUGUCGGGCUGGAGUUAUUUUCAGCAAAUUAUAUUGGGAAAUUCUCGUUAUGACCUGCUAAGUUUUUAAAAAUCAGGACUUUUGUUGCAUCAUCUACGACACUUAAUUGAUGUACUUUGAUUAUAUCUGAACUGGGAUGUAACAAAGCUUGUUUUAUAAUUAGAAAACAGACUACAAACUAGAUAACGUCCUUCUGUGUUCAGCCGUUUCAUAAGAUGUUUUUCAUGCUACUUAUUAUUACCGAGUAGUGUAAAUAUUGUUUGUGUUCAACUUGAAAUAAGGUGAUUUGUUAUCAUUUUCACCACAGUGCCAAUCCUGUUGAAAUUUCCAUAUCAAUUUUAGAACGACGCUUCUCGAUGUCAUAGUUAUCUUUAUCCCAUUUAAUGAUAAACUGGUUGAUAAUCUCUAUCAGUGGAAUAUUGGGAUUUGGAUUGUUAUCCUUUACGUCAUCAAUGAUCAUGUCUGCAUUUCGUAAUCUAGCCUGGUUUUCAAAAGGGAUGCGUGAAUACACAAAGUCAGGCUAUGAGUCAGCUGCUUCACAUUUUGAUCCUAAUGAGUUGAAAAACGUACGCUUAGACAAUCACCGUGUUUUGAUAACUGGAGCCAAUUCAGGGAUCGGCCUCGUGUGUUGUAAAGAAUUAGCGAAACAUGGUGCAGAAAUCCAUAUGGUUUGUCGCAGUAAACCUCGUGCUGAAGAGGCACGUCAGCAGAUAAUCUCUGAAACUGGAGUCAAUGAUUCGCGUAUAAUUAUUCAUCCAUUGGAUCUUUCUAAACCGAAUGAUGUCCGCAAUUUUGGAAAACAAUUUGCUAAUAAUAAUGAUUCACGUCUAGAUAUUUUGAUUAAUAAUGCUGGCUGCAUGAUUAAUGAAUAUAAAACUGAUGAAAACGGCAUAGAAGCUAAUUUCGCCACAAAUACACUUGGUACUUAUAUACUUACUGAAAGUCUAAUACCUGCAUUAAAAAAAUCACCUGAUGCUCGUGUUAUUACUGUUAGCUCAGGUGGAAUGUUAGUACAGAAAUUGGAUCAUGCUGAUCCAAUGCUUACUACUAGGCACAACAAAUUUGAUGGAACAAUGGUUUAUGCACAAAAUAAACGUCAACAAGUUGUUAUGACUGAAAUGUGGUCUAAGAACUAUCCAGAAGUAUUCUUCUGUUCAAUGCAUCCUGGUUGGGCUGAUACACCAGCUGUCGCACUGUCUAUGCCAUCAUUUUACAAUAAAAUGAAAAAUAAACUAAGAACACCAGAACAAGGUGCAGAUACAGCGAUCUGGUUAGCAGCGGUACCAAAUGUGAGAAGAUUCCAAAACGGUUCUUUCUUCCAAGAUCGUCAAGUAGUUAGUCAACACCUAAAAUUGGCUUGUACACAUUCAAAGGAUGAUGAGAAACGUAAAUUCAUGUCUAAUUUAGCUGAUAUUGCAGCACCUUUUCUUAAAUAAACUCUACCCUAGUCGGUAAAAGAAAAUUAUCACCGCUUAUAAUUAAAACAGAUGCGUUUGGGUUUUAUUCUUCAUGCUGCGUAGUUAUGAGCUAUUUUUGUUUUAGUUAGUUUGUCUUUUUUUACUACAACUUAUUUAUUCUGUGCUUCAAUUUAUUUUAUAACUUUAGUUUUUUUCUAUGUGGAUGUGUAUUUAAAUUCAGGGAGUAUAAAUGGUGUGUUGCUCAAUUGUGAUAUUGCAUAAAGGAUCAUUUGUCGUUGUUUCUUUUUCCGUAAACUCCAUAAUGUGUGAGUUCUACAUGACAAUAAAAGACACUUUCAAUAUUUACAAUUAAGUUUUAAAUAUUCAACCCAACUUUUUAUAUAAAUUUAUAUCUCUCAGGGCUAUUCUUUUACAAAUUCUAAUGAUAUACCAUUACUAAUUUUCUCAAUAUAUUUAUUUGUUUAUAAAUAUAUUUAUAUAUUUUG